AUGUACAACUUCAAUGUGGGCGUUUUGCUUGAAUUGUUCGACAGGAUCUUCCAAAAGAACCGAAAUGUAAGUUUUUUUAUUUUUCUCGGACACGUUUCGUCGUAUAACUGCGCGUGCAGGCUACAGGGUUUUCGGUUCCCGCCGUUUGGGGUGGGAGACUUUUCGGUCCCCGGCUUUUCGGCUGGCGCCUUUUCGGUCCCUGGGCUUUUCGGGUGGGGACUUUUCGGGCGAUGAGUAAAAAAUUGUAAAAUACGAUACUACUGAUCACGCAAUAUUGUAAAUAAUUUUAAAAAACGUUUUAAUCCGUUUUUGGGGGUUUCGAGUUAGAAUCACCCACCCUGCGACAUUUCAAUACAAAACUUCAAAAUAACAUUAGAUAGAAGAAGUGAUAAAAGUAUAACAUUAUCAAAUCGCCCAUGAAGAACUCGAAUUUCUAUAUGAAAUUAGCAUAAAAUCCUACAUUAAAUCGGAAAAUUCAUUAAUUUUCCUUGGUGGAAUCGUUCAGAACAUUCGCUAGUAAUCUUAUCAUUUUCGAAUUGUGUUAUUAUUGUUAUUUUCCGUUUUUUCUUUUGUAAUUCGUUAAUUAAUAAUUAUUAAUAAUUAAUUUUUCAAAUACUUUCUGGCAAAAAUAAACUUCAUUUUCGGAUUCUUCUCGGUCGAUUAUCUAAAAGAAUCUGUUUUUUAGCCGAACACCCCAAAAACGGAAUAAAAAGUUUUUUUUUUAAAUUAUUUACAAUAUCACGUCAUCAGUAGUAUCUUAUAUUACAGUAUUUUACUAAUCACCCGAAAAGUCCCCACCCGAAAAGCCCAGGGACCGAAAAGGCGCCAGCCGAAAAGCCGGGGACCGAAAAGUCUCCCACCCCAAACGGCGGGACCGAAAAGGCGGGGACCGAAAGAGGGGGGACCGAAAAGUCCCGGCCCCGGGUUUUUUAUGUUCCCAAAUCUGUAAAACAAAUCUAGAUCGUGGAGGAUAAAUUACAUCCGGAUGUAAUUAGCACGAUGUCUCAGUGAAUAUCAAAUUGUGAGCUUUUAAAUUUCAGGAGUCGAGUGAUGUCCUAGCCAAGCUCGAUAUUAUCUAUCAAGAAUUGGUCAAAAGCACCUUUUACUAUGUCUCCCGAGCUCUGUACAAACAGGAUCGUCUGACAUUUGCUCUACGGUUCGUGAAGGCUGAACUGUUCGAUGAUAAGGUAAGGGUUUCAAACUGUGAUUUCUGUUUUUAGAUGUUGUAUUAGGUACCAGCGAAGAAUUAGUUUAAAACUGCCGUCUUUGAUAAUUGUAUUACCUAAAUUCAUGCUUAUGAUUUCCUCUUGCAGGAGUGGAACUUUUUCUGCGGCAACCUGGUGGAUGAAGCGGUCUUGGACUCUGCAUCUGCACCUUCUUGGCUGUCCGAAGAGGUUCAACUACAAGUCGCGAGAUUACGAGUGUGUCUUUCUCUCUUUAUUCACAAUUAGGUUUGCAAGAUCGGUCUUCAUGGACAGACUAUGCAUAACAAUAGUAGCCAGCUUCCGGGGCAUAUUUAUCAGAAACUCAAAUUUCCAGAAGGUUCUUCUGAUCUCAACCGGAGAAUGCAAGCACCGCAAUGACGUCACUUGUUACGCGUAGUCUUCAAGUGCCAUCGAUUAAUCCGCCAUCCAUUGAGCUCAUAGUUGCCACCUAAUCGGCCGAUAUUGCUGAUCCUCGGUCUAUUGAAUAACGUCCAUUUUCUACCCGAUUUCUUACUCAUGAUUCACUCAGUAAGUUUUAUUUUUAGAUGUUAUUUCUUUCAAGGUUUAAGCCACUAAAAGCACGUCUAAUUUCGACUGCCUUUGAAGCAAAAUUUAUAUUGUACUUGAUAUUAACGUCAAAAAUUUUGAUCUCAGGAGUCGCACACCAGAUCUCCAAGUCCGUCCUUCCGUCUAUGGCUGAGUGCAGAGCCAGACAACCAAUUCCCAGCGGUUCCAUUGCAAGACGCACUCAAGAUUGCGUACGAGACGCCUCCGGGAAUCAAACACAAUAUUAGCGGGACUUUGAAACAAUGGAUUGACGUGGAAGCAAAUAGUGGGAAAUCGGAGUUGGAACUAAAGACUCAAUUCUUGUUGGCGUGGUUCCACGCUAUCAUCCAAGAAAGGAGGACGUGUAUUCCACAGGUAAAGUUAUGUUAUCCAUGAUAAGAUUUCCUUGAAAUUUAGGGAUGGCUAAAGUUUUACGAGUUCAAUUCGAACGACUUGAGAGUUGCCAGACAGGUCCUUGAUGUGAUGGGUUCAAAGAAUGGUGAGUUCUUUGCGUACUUUUUAGUUUUUUGUUGUUUAGGUUAUAAUUGGGAAGCGAUUCGCGGAUUUAUAGAAGAUGCGAUAUAUGGGGGAAGAAUCGAGAAUCAACUCGACAUUGGAGUACUGUCAGCUUACUUGGACAAGUUUUUGAGCCAAAAAAUGGUGAUGAGUAGAGAUGGGGAACUGGAUUCAAAUCUUAGAAUGCCCGAGGCUAAAUCAAUGAACGAGUGGCUGGAUUUCGUCAAGAAUAUGGUGAGGAAUGCCAUACGAGUUUAGUAAUAUUGAUACCAUCCGUAUGUAGCUGCAUAUUACGGUGUUGUGCGUUAGGGAAAGAUUUGAUCCAUCUAGGGAAAGUCUUGACUCAGGUCUGGAAAACGAUGUAAUUGGUAUCAGAAAUGUCUCGAGGAUGAAUUACAACCUUUUUCAGAUACCAGAAGAGGACAAGCCAUCGCUGUUUGGCCUUCCCGAGAACCUUGGAGCGACUUAUGAACUGGAACAAAGUCGGCAAACAAUAAAUUCCCUCAGGUCAAUGCAGAAAUAUAGCCGAUCAUCGACACUUGAGGCCUUCAGUCAGUGGGCAAAGAAACUUCAACCAGUUCUGGCAUUUUGGAAGCGGCUUCAUCAACAGAAUGACCUUCUUCAGGCAGAAUUGAAGGAUUCCGACUCGACUGACCCAAUUAUUGAUAUGCUAAACACCGAGAUGCACUUUGGAAUUGGAGUAAAUAGUUACAGGCUGUUAGAAUUCAUGUAUCAAAUUUAUAUUGUUUUAGGUAAAAAAGAUCCAUUCGACCUUGACCAACAUCCGAAAAGGCCUUGCGGGCAAGCUUGCCCCCACUGCCAAGACAGUUCAAGCCGCGAAGACACUGUUGGACCAACAAACCCCGGUGGAUUGGGAUCUAAUCUGGCCGGGACCCGAGGAUUGUUACCAGUACAUGGAGAAGGUGUGCGAUAAGGCCAGAAAGGUCAAGAAGUUGAGCACCUCAAUAAGUGGACAGGAUCUUGUCAACGAACCCAUAGAUUUGGACCACCUUUUCCGGCCGACAGCCUUACUAAAUGCCCUUAGGCAAUAUAAUGCAAGGUGGGUGGAAAAUCGAGGAAAUUAUGGGGAUUACGGCAGUUUUUGGAGUGGAAAGUGUUGUAAAUUUGAUGAAGAGAGUUUUUUAGUUGAGCUAGAGCGGUUACGGUAGUUUUACAAUAACAAAAAAAAAUUUUUUUUUUGUUGAUUUAGUCUACUACAAUAAAACUUUUUUUCAGACACCUAAAUGUUGGCGUGGACAGACUCCAAUUCGUCGCUAGCUUGUCCAAAAUACAGUCCAGAGCCCCCUCGAUGCAGACUGGCCAACUAAAAAUUCAGGGCGCCGUUCUGGGAGGAGGCCAUUUAAUGGCUGUGGGCCAGAAUUCUGCAGCGAUUUCUUCGGCUCCGGUCAUACAUGUGGCGUGGAUUGGAAUGGUAGGAUCAGUUUUGGGGUGUGGGGGAUGUUUUCGACAAAAUUGGAUGAUUUUUUUAUUUUUUAGGAUGAACCCGAGCCAUACCGUCAAGAAGAAAGCGCCGAAAUCCCAUUGUUUGUGGCCUCAAACCGAACGGCGAUUGCGUUAUUUACCCGGAUUUGUAUUCAAGUAUCAUACGUCAUAUUUUGUAGUUUUAUUUUUUAUGAUUAUAUUGUUGUGUGA